UCCGUCUUUCAGACAGUCUGUUUUUGCUGCAGUGAACGGUAACCGUGGAGAGGCAGAGAUAGCCUACAAACAGUGGGGAAAGAGCGAAGGAACAAAGCAGGAGAAACUAGAAGAAGCUGGGAGAUUAUUCCAAGAAAAUAAAAAGAGAGAAGGCACAGCGGCGGGGGAGAACAAAAAAAUUCAAGAAAGCUGCGCGUCAGAAGGAGAGUCAUUAUUGGAAGGGACCUUACUGGAAACCAGCAACAGAACCGGACUCCGGAGGAGGAAUACGACGGUGACACUCCAGAGCCUCUCUGCCCUCCUGAGCUUUCAGUGAGACAGGCGGAUCUGCGUGCCCGACCAUGGCCUUCCCAUCAGCCCCCUGUGCUCUAUGGAUUGUCAGCUUAUUGACUGCACUAUUCGCAGCUGCGGUUCACAGCAACAUUGUCAGUGAUGAAGACCCGCUGCAGCCCAUGACCUCGGAUGAGACGGUGUCCGUUGGCGGCAUGGUGACGUUGACCUGCCGAGUGGCAGAGACUGACAACUCCUCGCUGCAGUGGUCCAACACCGCGCAGCAGACUCUGUACUUCGGAGAGAAGAGAGCCCUGAGAGAUAACCGCAUCCAGCUGCACCGCUCGACUCCCACGGAGCUUUCCAUCAACAUCUCUGACGUGCAGCUGUCUGACGAGGGCGAGUACACCUGCUCCAUCUUCACCAUGCCGGUCCGCACGGCCCGGGCCACCGUCACCGUUCUAGGUGUGCCCGGUACGCCUCAGAUCUCUGGCUUUGAAAAUCCAGUGCCAGAGGGCGAAAAAGUCACCCUCACCUGCACCAGCACGGGCAGCAAGCCCCCUGCCAAGCUGCGCUGGUACAAAGGAGACGUUGAGGUGCAAGGGGGCCCUGACGUGGUGGAGUCCGUUCCAGAUGACCCCACUUACAACGUCAGCAGCGAGCUCACCCUGGAAGUGACCGCUAACGACGAUAACGGCAAAAUCUCCUGCGUCGUCGACCACGACUCUGUGAAACAUGGGGAGAAGAGGAGCGAGCAGUCUCUGCGGGUGUUGUAUGCCCCUGAAGUAGCGAUCACUCCUGAGGAGAGGAUGGCGAUAGAGGGGCAGAGGUUUUCUCUGCAGUGUUCAGGAAAAGGCAACCCUGAGCCCACCAGCUACUUCUGGGAGAAGGCGGAGGGAGAGCUCCCCCCACUGGCCAAAGCCGACGGUGCUUUCUUGUCCUUUUCAGUGCUCAACAAAUCAGAUAAUGGCAUGUACAUCUGCCAUGCUGCCAACGACGUUGGGAAAGGCAGAGGGAGCUACACACUUCAGGUUCAAGACGACCCCGACUCCUCAAACACAGUUACCCCCACGUUUUUCCCCACUUCUGUCUCUCCCUCCUCCCCACCUGACGUCUUCCAAGGCUCAGGGUCAGACUUCAGUGACUUCAUCUCCACCUUUUCCCCUGACUCCUCCCCUUCGACGGCUGUGAUCUCAACCACCAUCCCGCCAUCUUCCACCACCACCACCCUCUCCAACGCCCUUUUCCCUGACCUGCCCUUUUCCCCUGACUCCUCCCCUUCGACGGCUGUGAUCUCAACCACCAUCCCGCCAUCUUCCACCACCACCACCCUCUCCAACGCCCUUUUCCCUGACCUGCCCUUUUCCCCUGACUCCUCCCCUCUCAUCCCUCCAUCCCCUGCAACUCCCUCCCUCUCAUCCCUCACCCCCUCAGUUUCCGUCCAGACGAACGGAGUUUACACUUUCACAGGUGAUGCACGCAACUUGACAGACACGACAGCCAUGUCGGGACCUUCAGGCAUGGACCACGCUGUGAUCGGAGGGGUGGUGGCUGUUAUCGUCUUCAUCCUGCUUUGCCUCCUCAUCGUCCUCGGCAGAUACCUCAUCAGACACAAAGGAACGUAUCUGACCCACGAGGCCAAGGGUUCCGACGACGCCCCUGACGCCGACACGGCCAUCAUCAACGCCGAGGGAGGUCACUCCGGAGCCGAAGAGAAGAAGGAGUACUUCAUCUAGAUGGGCGGGGGGACAGAGUGGUGGUGGGGGGGAGAGAAAGCGAGGAAGAGGAGGAGGAGGAAAAUUUGGAGGAUCCAGCUGGAGGAGAGAGGAAAGGAAAAACCUCCAUUUGUUUUCACAACAGCUUCAGUUCUUUACUCUGUUGAAGGGAUGUUGGCAAGGGAAGGGAGGUAAAGAACUCUGGGCGGAGCUUCAACUACCCUCUUUGCAUUGAUACAGGGGAGUGAGAUCUUUUGCACUGACAUUCGGAUGAACUGAAGUUACACACACACACACACACACACACACACAUGCAAACAUGCGCACACAUACAUGAUUCAGUUCUUGUUUUUCCGCAGACUUGAACGCUCGUAGAUGCUCAGAUUAACAAAGCCGAGCUUCCUACUAACACAUCCUGAUCCAUUAUCACAUCCUCUCACAAGCAUCCCUUUUUUCAACUGUCGGCGCAGUGAAAAAGCUAAAUUGUAAACCACAUUCUGACAUCGUCACGACCUCUUUCCUCCUCCACAGCACAGCCCACAGUGGGUCUGCCCCCUUCACGUUCCUGUCCUCAUGCUCUCUAUCAGAACAAGGCAGAGUCCCUCCUUAAACUUGCUUAGGGUAGACAAAAUUAUUGAUUGGAAAACUUCAUCUCCUUCCGUCUUUUUUUAAUCUUUCUAUGCCAUCAAACUGCUUUGUGCGGACGUUCAGAUUUUUCCACAACGCACCACCACAAAAACUUGCAAAAACAGCAUUCCCACCUUGCGCUGCCAAGCCCAGGGCCUCCAAUAUACAUAUAUAAAUAUAUAUAAAUAUAUAAAUAUAGAGUUAUAUAGCAUUCUUUUUACUUGACAGAAAACAUUCGGUGUGUUGUAAAUACACUUUCUGUUAUUUUUCUGCAUUCUGUCACUCUUCGGCGCCCCCUAUCCUCUCUCAUGCAGCCCGUUACUGCAUUACAGCAACUUAAAUACUCAAAAAUAAAAUAGAAAAAAAAAAGCCUGCCUGUUUUUAUUACAUGCGUGAAAAUUCAGAGUCAAAACAAUCAUUAUCUUUGGGCUAAAAAAAAAAAAAAAACAUGUAACAACCAUAAUGUUGCAAUCAAAACUAACCUUAACUGCAAAUAUUUGUACAAAGAAUGUUUUUCCUAUUGGUUUGUUUGUGUUUUCUAAAUUUCUUUUUGGAAUUUUUUAGGGAGAUUUUGUGUUUCCUGUCAGCGUCUUGUUGUGUUACCGUCAGUGUUAAGAGUUUACAGUGUCUGCUGGUUUGUCAGUUCAACAGUCUUUUUGUUUGGGCAUUUCUUUGCUUCUUUUGUCGUGCCGUGCUCCGUGGCGACACUUUCUCCCCUGCGUUGUCAAACCUUCAGCUCUAAUCGGUGGCCAAGUCUGAGUUAAACAUUCAAAAUGAGUUUAAUAGAGUUUCCUUCUUGUCUUUCAUGUAGUUUCCCUUCAAACUCAGCCUGCUGAACCUGACUUUCACUUUCAGAUCGCCGUUCUUGGCAAGGCCAUCUGGCUCUGAGUCCGCUGAAUAGGGGCUUCACUGGCUUUCUCUAAGAACCUGCCAUGUUUGCUUCUCCGGGGUUGAGAAAAUGCUCACAGGACCUAACAGGGCUGUCUACAUGCAUUAUAGCCAAGUUCCUGGAAAAAAAGGGGGGGGG